AUGACCGAUACAAGUACACAAUUGCAAAAGUCCAAAAAAAAAAAAAUUAUUUCAUCUGCUGGAGAUCUUAAGUUAGAGAAAAUUGUCAAAGAGAUCAAUUCUGCCAAAUGCUUUUCAGUUUUAGCAGAUGAAAUGACUGGCAUUUCAGUCAAAGAACAAAUAGCGUUGUGUGUUAGAUAUAUUGUUGGUUCUGAUAAAAAUGUAUUUGUAUAUGAACGUUUUUUAAAAUGUAUAGAAAUUUAUAGUUUGACAGGAAAAAACAUUACAUCAACUAUUGUGAAUGGUAAUUAACGAAUAUUGUAAUUAUUACAAAUAUAUUAAUUUUUUUAUUAAUUAUUUGUUAUUAUACAGGUUUAAAUUCAAGUGGAAUAGACUGCAAUAACAUGUACGGACAAGGUUAUGACGGUGCUUCAAAUAUGGCAGGGCGUUUUAAAGGUACUCAAAAAGUUGUGAGGGAAAAAUGUCCAAAGGCCUUAUAUGUUCAUUGCGCAGCGCACUAG